AUGAGUUCUGCUCAGAGUCAAUUAACACUAGAAUCCAAGCUGGAGGCUCUGCAGUGCCAUUUCAACUGGGAUCUGAACCCCAUCAAGUCCAAUCUUUACCGUCUCAAGGACCAUCUAGAAGACAUUGGCACCAAGGAGGGAUACAGCUGGCUGGGACACAUAUACAACUUGCAGGGGUUUCUCCACUACACGCUUGGCUUUAUUGAAGACGCCUUCCGUUUCUUCAGCAGGGCCACAGAGGCCUUCUGCCAGAUGAGAAACACGGUAUCAGAUCAGGGUCCCUGGUUGGUGGUGAACUACGGGAACCUGGCUUGGCUGCACCACCAUCAGAAAGAACAAGCACAGAGUCAGGAUUACCUAUCAAAGAUCAGUGCCCUGAUGGAUGAAUGCCCAUCUCCAUCCCAGGAUGAACUGCAUCCAGAGGUCUAUGCGGAAAAAGCCUGGACUCUCAUGAAGUUUGGCAAAGGCAAAAGGGAGGAAGCUAAAGAAUACUUCCAAAAAGCCAUCAGGAUGCAGCCAGAUAUGGUGGAGUGGCAGACCAGCUAUGUGUUAACAUUAGUGAAUGGUAAGCCUGAGGGUAAAGACCUGGACCAUACUAUCAUGGAAAAAAUGAGAAUUGCCACAGAACAUGAUCCAGAGAACUUGCACCUUGCUGCUCUUUACCUCAAGACACGUGCUCAAAAAGGAACAAAACCUGAACAUGAAAUACGUGCAUUGGCCAGGAGGGUUUUAAAAAAGCCAGUAAGCAGCUACAGUGGUAUUAGACCAAUACUAAGGCUUUACAGAAUGUAUUUAUCUGCAGAUGAAGCUACUGAUUUGGUAGAAGAAGCUCUGGAAAGACAUCCAAAUGAACGAUACCUAAAGUGGAGUGCUGCAAACUCCUACAGGUGGAAGAUCUAUUUGCAGGAGGGCAGUCAGCUGAAGCACAGCACGACGGACAGAGCCAUCAGUCUCUGUAAGGAAGUGAUUUCUCUUUACCCGCAUUCUUCACUUAAAAUCAAAAUAAUUCUUGCAGACAUAUACGUAAAGGCGAAUGAGCAAGAUAAAGGUGAGCAGAUAUAUAAGGAACUGCUAGAAAGUGAUCUGGAUUGUGAAGAGCAACAGCUGCUUUACAACUCUUAUGCAAAAUAUUUAUAUUUCAGUCGAAAAGAUACCAAAAAGUCAACAGAAUAUCUCAUGAAGACAGCAGCGAUACCACACCAAUCAUUCUAUCAUGAACACAGCAUCAAACAGCUAAAGAAGAUCAGCGCAAGAAAUGGUAACAGAGAAAUAGAAGAGUUCCUGUUGAAGCUGCAACACUAA